UUGGUGUAUUUAAUUUGUGUUGUUAUUAAAGCGAUUAAAGCUCAACAUUAGACCGAAGAAUGGUUCUAUAUUGUUUUGUAAAAGGAUGUAAAAGUGUAAAGUACAAGAAGACGAGUAAUGUGGAUAAGGAAAAUGAUAAAAGUAUACCUUUUUACGGGUUUCCUAGCGAUCCAGAGCUACGUAAGAAGUGGAUAAAUGCAUUGGUUACAUACAAUCAUCAAAAAAAUGCUGAACAAUUACCGAAGUACAGUAGAAUAUGUAUUAAGCAUUUCUCUCAAAACUGUAUUGAACAAUUUGGAUUUCAAAGCGUACGAUUGAAACGACAUUCGGUUCCAUCCAUUUUUCCAUGUUCAUCCGCAGAAGACGAUAAAGAAAGUGCUGAUACUGAAAAUAACGAAGCUUUAAUACAGCAAGGAGCAACUAUUUUUAUCGUACGAAAUGUCGAAUCAGUUACUACUUUCACGUCAUGCAAUGAUGAGAAGAUUAUUAUCAAUAAUCAAGAAGGAGUUGAUCCAUCGAUGAAGAUACCUAAUCAAGAAGGAGAUGGUCCAUCGAUGAAAGUACGUAAUCAAGAAAAAGGAGAUUGUCCAUCGAUGAAAGUACCUAAUCAAGAAAGAGGAGACGAUCCAUCGUUGAAGAUACUAAGUCAAGAAGGAGAUGGUCUAUCGAUGAUGAUACCUAAUCAAGAAAAGGAAGAUAGUUCAUCGACGAAGAUACCUAAUGACGAAGGAGAUGGUCCAUCGAUGGAAGUACCAAAUCAAGAAAAAGGAGACAGUCCAUCGAUGAAAGUACCUAAUCAAGAAAAAGGAGACAGUCCAUCGAUGGAAGUACUUCGUCAAGAAAAUAUUGUUACGAUGCCAAAGAAGAAUACAUUUACAGUUCGAUAUCCUGGAGAUAUCACAAAAAAUCGGAUAAAAGACAUGACACCCGAGACUUUGGAGAGUUCUAUUUAUUUAUUACAACAGACAUAUGAUAAGAAGAUGAAAUUAAUUAAACGUUUCCAAAUGCAAGACUCUCAUCAGCGAAAGAAAAUAAAAAGGUUUUCGGGACUGUUGACAGACUUGAGGAAAAACGGUUUAAUAUCUUCUGACGCGUACAAAGUUCUUCAGGUGUUUCUGUUAAGUAGACACAGUAUUAAAAUGUCGAGAACGAGUUAAUAUUUUUCAAAUGAUAACGAAUUAGGUUACGUAACGGUGAUAACGAAUUUCCUCGUAAUAAUCUUAAUGACAUUGUAAUGAACAGAAUAAUUUUAUUGACAUUGAAACUACAUAGAAUAAUUUGAAUGAUAAUAAAUCAAUACAUUAUUUCAGUGGUA